AGGAAAAACACUUGCACCAGUAUUUUGUAUCAAGAUACAUUUUCAUGUAUUUUUGCCCAUCCCUGCCUCCACCCACUCACCCUGAUUCCUGAUUCCAACACCAGCACACACAGCAUGUUCCUGAUGAAGCAUCCUUCUGUUUAAACUAUGGCUGAUGUGUCUCUCUGCAAGCCCUAAAUCAACCUCAUGGCCCAUUUUUUAAAAUUACUACCAUUAAGAACCGCAUACGCACACACUUUACCCCCAUUUGUUAUCAGAAAAGUGUGUCUCGCUCGAAUGCACUCCUGCUGAUCCUGAUGCUUGAAUAUGAAAUUAUAAUUCAGGCAUUAUGUUGACAGAAAGCUCCCCUGGUAGUAAUCCGUACUGUCACAUAAUCGAUUGGAUAAUUAACCAUUUGUACGAGCCAAGUUUCUUGUGAUUUCACAUUUUUUGUAUUCACUUGUUCUUAAUUUAACAAUCUUAACAAAAAAGCUCAAACUGUUGGUUAAUAAGGUUUCUGCAAUCUUACGGGAGUUGGUGCAAAGAUUGAUAUCACUUAAUAAACAACCGGCAGCUGGCUAAAUUAGCCAAAAAUAAAGAAAUGAAUCCGAUGGAAACAAACUGGCUCCGUCCACCAUCAGUCCGAAAUGAAGUAAAUUCUAAGCAGACUAAACAGGUAAUUGACGACUGGAUUACUAAACAACCAAAAGGUUUUGGAAUGUGGGUGGAAACAAGGUGGCUGGCGAGGAUUCCCAGGUGAGGAAAUGGCUCAGCUGGGGAUGAUGAGUUGAAUGCAGAUCAGAUUAAGGUAACAUGACCUGUAAGGACACGAGAGUUAGUGACUGUCAGAAGUAAAGUGAAAUAAGGACAGAGCUUGUGACAUUUUGUGCAAAGCUAACCAACUGCUUACUUUAGCUUGAGAGUGGUAAAUUAUAAAAUAACUCUUAAUAAUAGUGGGAAACCAUCAGGGACAUGUCUAAUUUUCUGUUGUGAAUGUGUUUAUCCUUAAUUUUAGACUAAAGGCUUUGAAAUAUUGUUUGUUAACCAUCAGCAACACAAAUAACACAAUUGUUUUCGAUCUUUUUAAAGACAGAUUGCUUGUAUUUGGUUUUUACCUCUGAUCUUUUCACUGAUUUAAAGUGGGCACGGCUCUACUGGAAAAAUGGGACGAUGUAUUGAGUGCACAUCUCCACCAAUCAGUAUUCGGUAUCAUUUGAAACAAUAACAGUCAAAACAAAAUCUCAAUUACUCUUAUCUUUUAGAAGAGAAACUUAAUAAUAAUAAUAAUAUAAUAACAGUAUUAUCCCACCUCCAUGAUCCGUUGUUUUUACUCAAACACAAUAAGUGAGCGCUGAUCGAGUUACCACAGAUCAUUUUCAUGUAACACUUUUGUAAUGAUAAUACCCAAAGCUUAAGUAACAAAGGAGACAGCAAAAUCUGCCGCUUGUCAGCGUUUACGACGAGAAGCACUUGCGUGAUUAGAUGUCUUGCAAUCGAUGCAGCCUCUUCUCCCAAUCAUUAAAUCUGCUCUUAACAGAUUACAGCCCCCCUCCAAAACACGCAGUCUUUUCUCCUCCUCUUCCUGCGCCUCCUCCUGUCUCACAUGCUCUCUUUUUCAGCACAUACAGCAGAAGACCUGCCUCUUUAGCCCCUUUUUAGCUUUGCCUUUGAAUUUCAUCCUUUUUUAGGGAAUUUUCUUCCACCCAAAGAUACAGCAGACAGCGGAAUGGAAAAGACUAAACUAAAAUACAAAAGGUGAUGGUGAACAGCCGACAAAGAUGGACCUGCUGACAAUCUUCUGCCCCCUCCUGCUUUUAUGUUUUGAUCCGUCUGCAGCCACAAGCCUCAUCACAGCGGACAUAUUCGAAGCCAGAGGUCAGCGUGUGUGCAAGGCGGGAAAAGGAAGGCCAUGUUACAAGCUGGCUUAUUUCUCUGAGCUGCGGCGGCGGCUGAACUUCGUUGAGGCAGAACUCGCCUGCAGACGGGACGGGGGGCAGCUGCUGAGCGUGGAGUCGGCCUCCGAGCAGAAGAUCAUAGAGCAGCUCAUCACAGAGCUCCGUCCCACUGAUGGAGACUUCUGGAUCGGCCUCCGCCGUAACCACGGAGACGAAGAAAGCAGCUCAGACUGCUCCUCACAGUACUACUGGCUGGACGGCAGCAAGUCCACAUUUAGGAAAUGGCAUUGGGACGAGCCAUCAUGCGGCUAUGAGGUGUGUGUGGUAAUGUAUCACCAACCGUCGGCUCCUCCCGGUCUGGGAGGACUCUACAUGUUCCAGUGGAACGACGACAACUGUGAAACCAAGAACAACUUCAUCUGCAAAUACACUGCAGAGAGGCCACUGGAACCGUCCCCUUCUCCCAACUCCACUCAAACAAAUGUUUCCCCUUCAUCCGCCCUGCCGUGGAAUCCGAUUGACCACAACCAGGACAGGAAUACAGCGCUUAACUUGAUUUACAUCAUCAUUCCCACCAUUCCCCUGAUACUGCUGUUACUGACAGCGAUUGGAGUCUGCUGCUUCAAACUGCUAGCCAGACGAAGCAGGAAACAACAGAAAUCCGAAGUGUGCCAGACAGAACCGGGCCUUUGCCCCGACGCGGCUCCAGAUGACGUCUACAAAGUCAUUCACUCCCAGAAGGACGACGAUCUGCUCUCAGCUCGCCCGCAGACCAAGAACACCUCUUUUCUGUGCUCUUCCCCCGACACUCCGACCGGUGACUACGACAACCUGGGCGGUCGCGACACCGAGAGCGGCUUCGUGACCCUCGCCAGCACAGAGAGCGGCUUCCUCAACUUUGACCUCAACGACCUCAGCCUCGGGCGCCGUGCCACCCGUGACUUCUAUAACACCAGCCUGGGCCGCUCUGGAAAGAGGGACUUGAAUGCCGGCAGUCUGUGCGGCAGCGGGCACGGGGAGUUUUACGACAGGAGUCUAGGCCGCCGUACGACAAAGAGUGAGCAUUACGGCAGCGGUUUGUACGCCGACCACGGGUUGUACGAUGGCGGCGUCAGAGGAGGGAGUGACCUCUUCGAUCAAAAAGCCAGGCCUGAAAGUCACACGGUGAAAGCCGACCUCUACCAGACGUACAUCACCAACGGUAAAGAAGACGCUUACCAGACCAACCUCGGAACUUAUGGAAACCGGAAAUCCUACCAGGCUAAUCUGGAUUUCUGCAGAACCGGACUGCAGGUCGACAUCGGAAGGAGAUACUUCAACGAACAAGACUGGAUCAACAGAGAAAACUACUGAUCCUUUGACCAGCUCCUUCGUUCUGUACACAGAAGUGUACGUGUGAUUGUGGACGGGGACAACAGAACUCUGCACGUACGUCAAUUAUUUCUUACAUAUAGAACAGUUAGAACAUGAUCUUAACAUUAGAAAAUCACUCCCCAUAAGUUAUAAAAAAAGAAAUCAACGCAUGUAGCUCAUGUUCAAGGAUCUCCAAUUAUCUUUAUUCAUGUGAAGCCAUGCUGAUAGUUUGGGGUUUGAAUUACUCACAUUUUGUCUGAUUUCUACCUACAACCCAAUUAAAUGGAGGUGACUGGACUGAAGAAGGGCCUUCACAUUGUUGGGCAAACAGUUUCUGGACAACAGUUCAGACACCACUUCAAACCAAAGUCUAUUCCCCCGCUGCUGUAUUGUGGAGGUCAAUCAACACUUGGAUUGGACAUUAAAUAUCAAUGGCAUCGGCCUUGGGGAAACAAGUUGUACGAAGCCUUCGGUAGCACCAAAGGCAGCAGACACAUCAAAUGACGUCGCUUGAGUCAAUGUUGCCUGUUGGAGGCGUUGAGUUGCAAAGAAAAGAUCUUAUCGGACGUAUGUAGCCGUUCCUCACCUCCGUUUCUCGCACGGCGCUCCGAGAUACAUGGUUUGCAACGAAGGCCCCACGUGUGAAAAGUGGAGGUGGAAAAAUAAAAUAAUAUCUACUGCAUUGACAUCAGUAGGGUCUUCGUGUGAUAUUGUCUAAUACAAAGUGAAGUUAUUAGAGUCAUCUUUUAACUCUACCGGUCUCUGUCUCAAGGCUAUAAUAAUUUACCUGAACCUUUCCAGGCGCCAACCUUUUCGGUCUAUGUUUUUUUGCUCGAACUGCGCUUAUCACAAAACGGACUGAUGAGUGGCGCUCUGUAGCGGGCUGUUUGCAUGUCCUUGUCACGCUGCCCCUGCCUGCCAAGUUAACUAUUGAUGUCCUCGAACCUUAAAUCCGCUGUGCCUGAAAAUACUGUUCAAAUCCCACUCAAAAGUUUACCUGAUAUAAACAGGCCGCCUCAAACAGACAAAACACACAGUAGCGCUUGAGGGAGUCGGUGUUGACUAUUUUGUGUGUACUCAAGUAUGUUUUCACAAGACCUUAAAAAUGGUAAGAUAUUCAGAAACUUAUUUAAAAUUCCACUGUUCCAAUUAUUAUGACGUUCUUUCUGCGGUCGAGUGGAAAUGUGUCUGAUUCUGUGUCUUUGCGUGCCUGCAGCCUGUACACAACAAUGGCAUGACACCAAAGAGAAUGAUACAAUAUAGCAUCAUUAUUAUUAUUAACUAUUCAGAAUGUGUAAUGUCUUGACGUCUCUCCUGUAAGUGAGAGUGGUUUGUAUGUUUAUUACAUCUUCAAAUAAAAUUGAAUCUGCUUGUGGUGAAGAGAUUUUUCUGUUCCAGUAAAAUAAAAAGGAAGGUUGCAUUACUA